GGUUGUCCACCUGUACUGCUCUGACUGUAUCGGCAGCCACACUGCUCGCACGGUCUUUUCAAAGGAGCGGACUAAACGAAAACCUCCGAGUUGCCUCGACUUACGUUCCCCAAAACUCCGCCCUCGCAUUUAUGUCAAGAAACAUUUAACUCGAGUCGUCGUCACAGCUCCAAAAAACACCGGGGAAUAUAGACAAUUCAAGUGAAGCGGCGACCGCCACGUAGGCUACAGUGUGGGGAAAAGGAGUUUACCUGUGUUGUUGUAAAACAUGUUAGACCCGUCCUCCAGCGAAGACUCGGGAGGAGAAAUUGACGAGGACACUGAAGUUCCAAAAGACUCCCCAAAAAAGCCUUCGACUUCCUCGGGGAAAGGUGGUAAACAUAAACGACCACCUGCGGACCAACCACAAGCCGAAAGUCCUUCUGUCGGAGACGAGCAGAAAAAUGAGAAAGAAAGACUUCAGAAAGAGGAAGCUGAGCGGAAAAGUAAACUACAGAUUUAUGUAUUUGUGUUGCGAUGUAUAGCAUACCCUUUCAAUGCCAAACAACCCACGGAUAUGGCACGCAGGCAACAGAAGCUUAAUAAGCAGCAGCUGCAGGCAGUGAAGGAUCACUUCCUGGCCUUCCUGAACGGGGAGACACAGAUCGUGGCGGACGAGGCCUUCUGCAAUGCUGUACGCAGCUACUAUGAGGGUUUUCUGAACAGUGAGCGGGUAUCCAGGAUGGUGCAGAGUGGCGGCUGCUCGGCCUGCGACUUCCGUGACGUCUUCAAGAAGAACAUUGAGCGCCGGGUGCGCAGCUUGCCCGAGAUCGACGGCCUGAGCAAAGAGACAGUGCUGAGCUCCUGGAUCGCCAAGUACGACGCCAUCUACAGGGGGGAUGAGGACCUACGACGCCAGCCCCAGAGGAUGCACCUCAGUGCCGUGUCCGAGUUGAUACUCAGUAAGGAGCAGCUGUACGAGAUGUUCCAGCUGAUUCUGGGCAUCAAGAAGUUUGAGCACCAGCUGCUGUACAACGCCUGUCAGCUGGACAAUGUGGACGAGCAGGCAGCCCAGAUCCGCCGGGAGCUGGAUGGACGACAACAGCUGGCAGAGAGGGUAGCCAAGGAGAGAAAGUACCCCAAGUUUGUGUCCAAAGACAUGGAGGCCAUGUACAUCGAGGAGCUGCGCUCGUCUGUCAACCUGCUCAUGGCCAACCUGGAGAGCCUACCUGUGGCUAAGGGAGGUCCCGACUUCAAACAGAAGCUCAAACGCUCCACCAUGAACAACUCCUUCCUGGACAUGGGCGAGGAGACCGAAUUCCUCUCCAAGUCUGAUGUAGUCCUCUCCUUCACACUGGAGAUAGUGAUAGUGGAAGUGCAGGGCCUGAAGUCUGUGGCUCCUAACAGGAUUGUUUACUGCACCAUGGAGGUGGAGGGGGGGGAGAAACUGCAGACAGACCAGGCGGAAGCCUCCAGACCACAGUGGGGCACUCAGGGGGACUUCAUGACGACGCACCCGUUACCAAUGGUCAAAGUCAAGCUGUUCACAGAGAGCACAGGGGUACUAGCUCUGGAAGACAAGGAGCUGGGACGGUGGGAUCACCUAGGGAAAAUUAGAGAGGUACGGAUCUGCGGAGAACUGGUGUGGCGUAAGAGCGAUGAGAUUGAGAGGUACCUUUAUGCUUUGGGACAGAGAGUUUGGAAACGUUGGAAAAGAAGAUAUUUGGUUCUUGUCCAGGUCAGCCAAUACACCUUUGCAAUGUGCAGCUACAGAGAGAAGAAGUCUGAGCCCCAUGAACUGAUGCAGCUAGAAGGCUACACUGUGGACUACUCCGACCCCCAGCCUGGUCUCCAGGGCGGUCGAGUCUUCUUCAGUGCUGUCAAGGAGGGUGACCUGGUUGUGUUUGCCAGUGAUGACGAGCAGGACCGGAUGCUGUGGGUUCAGGCCAUGUACCGCGCUACAGGCCAAUCAUACAAACCAAUUCCACCCACCCAGAACUGCAGAGCAGGGAACUCCCAGCCAUUCGCACCAAUCUCACUGCUCAGUCUGGAUCGCUCUCAGAGGCAGGGGGUAGAGGAUCUGAUCUCUGCGGUGCCCUGUCGUUUCGACCACGCCGCCUUGUUCCCCAUGCUGCAGAAACGGACCCUACAGCACCGGAUGAAUGACUCCUUCUCCUGCCUGGGAUGGUUCAGUCCAGGUCAGGUGUUUGUGCUGGAUGAGUACUGCGCCCGCUACGGUGUGAGGGGCUGCCACCGCCACCUCAGCUACCUCCGGGACCUGAUGGACUACUCUGAGAACAACACCCUGGUCGACCCCACCCUUCUACAUUACAGCUAUGCCUUCUGUGCCUCCCACAUCCAUGGCAAUAGGCCGGAUGGAAUAGGCACAGUCACUGAGGAAGAGAGAGAACAGUUUGAGGACAUAAGAAGCCGUCUCCUGAGUCUAUUGGACAACCAGAUCAUCCAUUUUAGGUACUGUUUCCCCUUUGGCCGACCAGAUGGUGCCCUCAAAGCGACGCUCUCCCUGCUAGAAAGGGUUUUGAUGAAGGACAUUACCACUCCGGUUCCUCCUGAGGAGAUGAAGAAGAUGGUCAAAAAAUGUCUGGAGAAAGCUGCCCUUAUCAACUACUCCCAGCUGACCCAAUACGCUCAGAUCGAGGCUGAUGCUCAGGCUGCCCCGGAGAAGAGAUUGGAGGACAUGAUGCGACUGGGAGAACUUUGUAUUGAGGUCCUGCAGCAGAAUGAUGAGCACCAUUCCGAGGGAAGAGAGGCAUUCUCGUGGUGGCCGGAGAUGAUGGCGGAGCAUGCAGAGACCUUCCUGUCUCUCUACACCGUCGACAUGGAUGGUGCUCUACAAGUCCAGCCCGUUGACUCAUGGGAUAGCUUUCCCUUAUUCCAGCUGCUUAACAACUUCCUGCGUUGUGACCCUCACCUGUGCAAUGGCAUGUUCCACAAGCACCUGCAGGACCUGUUCAUCCCGCUGGUGGURCGCUACAUAGACCUUAUGGAAUCCUCCAUCGCCCAGUCCAUCCACCGCGGCUUCGAGCAGGAAACCUGGCAGUCCGUCAAGACAAUAACCAACAACCUACCGAGCGUGCCUCUGCCCAAAGUCAAUCUCCCACAGAUGCCGAGCUUCUCAGCACCCUCCUGGAUGGGCCCGCUGUGUGACAGCACUAACGGCUCAGCAACCUCAGAGGACCUCUUCUGGAAGUUGGACGCCCUCCAGAUGUUUGUCCUGGACCUGCACUGGCCCGAGCCAGAGUUUGCCAAACACCUGGAGCAGAGGCUGAAGCUCAUGGCCAGCGACAUGAUGGAGGCUUGCGUCAAAAGAACGAAAGCCGCCUUCGACUCCAAGAUGCAGAAGGCCAGCAAGUCAACGGACUUCCGGGUGUCGCUGUCGGUGUGCACCAUGUUCAACAUGCUAAUGGACGCCAAGAAGCAGUGCGCCAAACUCUGUGUGCUGGACUCCGAUCAAGAGCAACAGUACCAUUCGAAAAUCGAUGUCCUGAUCGAUGAUGCGUUUAAAGACAUGAUUUCCUCCAUGGUCACAAAGUUUGCUGGAGUUUUAGAUGGUGUUCUCUCCAAACUCUCCAGAUAUGACGAAGGGACAUUCUUUUCUUCUAUCCUAUCUUUCACGGUGAAAGCAGCUGCCAAGUAUGUGGAUGUGCCUAAGCCAGGGAUGGACCUGGCUGAUACCUAUAUAACGUUUGUGCGGCAGAACCAGGACAUUCUGCGAGAUCGCGUCAACGAGGAGAUGUACAUUGAGAAGCUGUUUGACCAAUGGUACACCAGCUCCAUGAAGGGGGUGUGUGCGUGGCUGACAGACAGACUGGACCUUCAGCUCCACAUGUACCAGCUGAAAACACUCAUCAAGAUUGUCAAGAAGACCUACCGAGACUUCCGGCUCCAAGGAGUCCUGGAUGGAACCCUGAACAACAAGAGCUAUGAGACCGUCUACAACCGCCUCACCGUAGAGGAGGCCACCAUGGCGGUCAAGGCUGGCGACGGUCUCCAAGGCAUCACCAUGAGGGACAGUGAUGAGGAGGAUGGGUGAACCUCUCCCUAUAGCGCCAAGUCUGGUGACCCUCGCAUAUAGACUGAAAUGGGAAGUGUGCAUGUAGGUGUACAGGAGAUGGGAGGGGUGGAGAUUACGUGUGUGUGUGUGUGUGUGUGUGUGUGUGUGUGUGUGCAACAGAAGGAGAUGGAGGGCUUGUAGAACACACACUUAAGUCUAUGAUGAAAACAUCCAUCGUUGUGAUCCCCCCUCCCCCACUUACUCCAGUAGUGGCUACCUUCACAGCCAUAAUGAUAAUGAUGUCAGUACAGCUCAGUGGUCGCCAACUGGUAGCCUUCAGUGCAGUUUCCGUUUGUUUAUUUAAUUUGUUUGUUGGUUUCUUUGUACUUUAUUUUAAUAGUGAUGUAGAUCAAGAAAAAAGAAACAAGUUGUGCUCUUAUGGUUACCUAGAUACAAUCAUGCCAAUUGAAACAGGUUUCAGAGGUCUCGCCAAUUGCAGGUCCAUUCUGUGGUAAAUGUACAAAGUGCAUUGUGAGGACAUGAGUACAUUUCAGGGUGCUUAUGAGGACAUUGAGGUUGUUCUUACAUAAUCACCCUGAAAGAGCGACGAUACAGCCAAUAUACAUAUAUUUAUGCUCUACUGUAUGAAUGUAAUGCAUUGGCUAAAGUGCUACAUUGUCAUUUAAUGUAUUUAGGCUAUGCUUGAGUGUGUUAUCCUUCACAAGAGUUGGACACAAUAUACAUUCAAAGCUGUGUCCAAUAGGCUAAAGCUGAUUGAUAGAGUGAAUUAUGUUUUGAAUCUGAAUUGAUGUCUUAACUGUAAUAUUUCAAUGAGUUUGUGGAGUUCAAAGACAAAACGAAUGGGCAACAAUAUAGGAAAUAUAUUUCUAUUGUCUUCUGUGCACCUGUUUUUAUUCAGGUGUGAAUGUUCUAAGUGUUAGAAUUAAAGUGUUUUUAAAGCAA